ACUGUUAUAUUGGGCAUAAUGUGUCAGCGAUGGUUUUCAAAAGCAGCAAGGCUGUUUGCCAAGGACAGGCCUGGACCUCUUUGUGGGCAUUUGACCAAGAAGAGGCUAGUAAAAGUUGAAAUAACGUCAUUAUUUAAAUAGAGAAAGGACAGGGCUCAACCUAACGCAUAGUACCUAUAAACCUGAAGCAUAGCGAGGACUACACCUAUAGUUCCAACAAACGCGACAGACAAACCACAUUAUGAGGGAAUCAGUUUUGUUCAGGGGAUCCAUAUAGGUUUUCCUCUGCGCAGUUUGCAGACACAUUGUGAAACAUUCUGUUCACUAACACGAAUCGUUUGAUACAUCCAGUGAGUAUAAACAAGUCUAUAUACGAUGUGAGUAAAAAAAAAGGCCAUGGUGGCAAAGUAAAUACAAUAUAGCAAGUAAAACACUGGAAUGGUAGAUUUGCAGUGGAAGAAUGUGCAAAGUAGAAAUAAAAAUAAUGGGUUGAGUUUCGGCUCGACCACAGAGGCGUGUCCUGUCGAACUGUCAAACUCAGUGACGCUCUGUUAGGCGUGAUCGGUCCCAGGAACUUUCGUCCGAUAGGAGUUGAACUGCGUUCAGACUCUUCCUGAUGCUGCUAGAAAAUUCUCGAACUUUCUGCGCGGGUAUAAACUAGAAUGGGUCCCAAGCGGAGCUGGCAGAACGGUAGCGUUCUUCAACAGUAAGUGUACAGUUCAGGUUAGGCUUUAAUACGUUUAUAUACCAUUCCAUAGAUAUACUACCUGCAACCGGACCAGCGCAUUUAAAGAGAACUACCCGUCUACCUUGUGCGAAUCUGAUUGGCAGUCAGCACAGGCUCAAGCAAGGGAGCUUUAAACUAUUUCUCGCAGUUAUUCGGAAUUAACACACCGACAGCUACAUGGUGAAAAUGGGUAAAGACUACUAUAAUGUUCUGGGCAUACAGAAAGGGGCGACGGAGGACGAGAUCAAGAAGGCUUAUCGCAAGCAGGCUCUGCGUUACCACCCGGAUAAAAACAAGUCUCCCAAAGCCGAGGACAAGUUUAAAGAAAUAGCUGAAGCUUAUGACGUUCUGAGCGACCCAAAGAAAAAGGACAUUUACGACCGAUUCGGUGAAGAAGGGUUGAAAGGAGGAGGCUCCCCAGGAGGAGGGGGUGUUCCCGGGGGCCCUAGUUUCAGCUACUCCUUCCAAGGCGACCCCCACGCCAUCUUCGCCGAGUUCUUCGGGGGCCGGAGCCCCUUCGACCAGUUCUUCCCCCGAAACGGUGGGGGCCCAGACGGGGACAACAUGGACACUGACGAUCCCUUCGCCCGUUUCGGGAUGGGGGGCGGUGGCAUGGGGGGGUUCCCCCGUUCCUUCAGCACAGGGAUGGGGGGAGGGGGGAUGGGGGGGCAGAUGGUUGAGAAGCACCAGGACCCACCCGUGCUCCACGACCUCAGGGUAACCUUAGAGGAGGUGCUCUCAGGCUGCACUAAGAGAAUGAAGAUAUCCCACAAGCGGCUGAACGCAGACAGACGGACCCUCCGGAUGGAGGACAAGAUCCUGGAGGUGGAGAUAAAGAAGGGAUGGAAGGAGGGGACGAAGGUCACCUUCCCUAAAGAGGGGGACGAGACGCCGACUAACAUCCCGGCAGACGUGGUGUUCGUGGUCAAGGAUAAGCCACACCCGGUGUUCCGGCGAGACGGCUCUGACAUCGUUUACCCCGCCAAGGUCUCCCUCAGAGAGGCGCUGUGCGGCUGCACGGUCAUCGCCCCCACGUUGGACGGCAGGACAGUAACCGUGACGACAGGGGACGUGGUGCGUCCUGGGAUGAAACGCCGCAUCACGGGGGAGGGGCUUCCUCUGCCCAAGCGGCCCGAUCGCCGCGGUGACCUGCUGGUGGAGUACGAGGUUGCGUUUCCGGAGAGACUGAGUCAGAGUGCCAAGGAGACCAUCGCACAGGUGCUUCCAUCCUAGUCCUGAUGGCUAUAAACUAUGAACGUCUUCAGGACAAAACGGACGGAGCAGACGAACAGUGAAAGGCAACAUGUGGCUGUCCUCCCUAUCGACCAAAGAACGUUUAUCAACGCCAUUUUCUGUUCCUUUCCAGACGAUUCUGUGUUGAAUCGCCAUCGUUCGUCGACACCCAUCAGGUGACCUACUGCGCACGGCCAACUUUCGUUACGGUGUCUCUUGACCUUUAGUUGAGGAAACUGUCACUCUGGACCUCGUGAGUCCACUUCAGAACCACUAGUGAACUGAGGAAACUGUCACUCUGGACCUCGUGAGUCCACUUCAGAACCACUAGUGAACUGAGGAAACUGUCACUCUGGACCUCUGCUGCCAUGUAUCUAUUCUAGGGGUUUAGGUAUCAUGGGUUGUUUUCAUGUAUCUAUUCUAGGGGUUUAGGUAUCAUGGGUUGUUUUCAUGGUUUUGGAUUCUGAUCAAAUCAAUAGAAAGUAUUGCCACUGAUCACUGAUCAAUACCCAUAGUGUGAUAAUGCCCAUAGUGUGAUAAUGCCCAUAGUGUGAUAAUGCCCAUAGUGUGAUAAUGCCCGUAGUGUGAUAAUGCCCGUAGUGUGAUAAUGCCCAUAGUGUGAUAAUGCCCACAGUGUGAUAAUGCCCACAGUGUGAUAAUGCCCAUAGUGUGAUAAUGCCCGUAGUGUGAUAAUGCCCGUAGUGUGAUAAUGCCCAUAGUGUGAUAAUGCCCAUAGUGUGAUAAUGCCCAUAGUGUGAUAAUGCCCAUAGUGUGAUAAUACCAGUAGUCAUUGGUUUAGAAGAGAAACAACGCUAUUGGAAUGUAUAGAAAUAUAAUCUAUAGAACGGACCUUCCCAUUCAAGUCAAUGCUGAUUCCAUUUCUAUGCUUGAAUGGUCUUUACUUUUCCAGGAUGCCUACAAUAACAGGGUGGAGGGAAGUGUGAGUGAGAGCUGUGUGUUUCGGCUAGUGUGUAUGAGUUAGCUAACUAGGUGAACUUUAUGUACAGAAAUGGUUUGGAACGUAUGACUUGCUGUAGGAUCUGGGCUAUGUAUGGUGUAACUGUUAGAUUGGGUACUAUGUAUGGUGUAACUGUUAGAUUGGGUACUAUGUAUGGUGUAAUUGUUAGAUUGGGUACUAUGUAUGGUGUAACUGUUAGAUUGGGGAAUAUGUAUGGUGUAACUGUUAGAUUGGGUACUAUGUAUGGUGUAACUGUUAGAUUGGGUACUAUGUAUGGUGUAACUGUUAGAUUGGGUACUAUGUAUGGUGUAACUGUUAGAUUGGGUACUAUGUAUGGUGUAACUGUUAGAUUGGGGAAUAUGUAUGGUGUAACUGUUAGAUUGGGUACUAUGUAUGGUGUAACUGUUAGAUUGGGUACUAUGUAUGGUGUAACUGUUAGAUUGGGUACUAUGUAUGGUGUAACUGUUAGAUUGGGUACUAUGUAUGGUGUAACUGUUAGAUUGGGUACUAUGUAUGGUGUAACUGUUAGAUUGGGGAAUAUGUAUGGUGUAACUGUUAGGACAGUAACCAUGGGAGAUAUAGGCUUUCAUGUUAAACCCAUAGCAUUCCUCUUUACUCAGUAUUAUACCCAACAUGUAUCGUUGCCACCUGUUGUUGAUGCAGUAAGUGAGAACUAUCCAGAAACUCAUAUAAAGCUGUUUAAUUGAGCAAAGAA